CACAAGAGAAGACAGAAAGGGACGGAAGUUCAUGAGUUGCACAAAUAUUCAAGAGAUCAUAUAUUUUUGACAAGGAAAUUGUUUUCCUUGUUCCGUUCAUUUAUAGGCUGAAUCUUUGAGAAAUAUUUCAGCACAAGUUUUUUGGUUCAAUUUGUUCGCGGAUUUCAUUGAUCAAAGAGUUGAUAGCAAGGAUCGGUUUCGGUGUGGAUACACAUAGAGUCUUCGCACUAUCGAAAAAAUUUUUGAAACGAGACUCUCUUCACCAGGUACGUCUUAGAUCCGAUCUUUGAUAUGUAAAUAAAUUUUAAACACAAAAAGAUCUGCCUAGUAUUGUUAUUAUUUUCCACUGCAUGUUACGAACACCUAUACGCAAUCCUACACAUGUUACAGUUGAGGCAUCUCCACACCAACAUACCUGCAAAAUUGCCAUCCCCUGCUGCCACGACGUCAGGUAAUAAACCUUCUUGUCUACAAACUCUUUCCAUCGUUGCACCAGAAAGUUGCAAGAAAGAUGUGCUCGCCAAGGCUUGUCAUAUCACAAAAGUUGAGUAUUCGAGGGCAAAUGGCGGAUUUUCUUGAAACUAAGGGUGGAUUCAACAAUCUUGAAGAGCUAAAGUGCCUGGAACAUCUGAAACUGUUGAAUGAUGCUCCUCACAUGAAUAAAGCGCUUCACCUCCCUCCAGCAUUCUUUAGAUUUUUGCGCACAUUGAGGAAGUUAACUUUAGCAAAUACACGGUUUUCUUGGAGUGAAGCGACUAAAUUGGGGCAGUUGGAGUCCCUUGAGGUCCUAAAAUUGAAAGAAGAUGCAUUUAUUGGUGAUUCUUGGCUGCCGGAAGUGGGAGGUUUUAGCGAACUCCACGUUCUAUGGAUUGAAAAGGCAACAGAAUUAGAAACUUGGGAGGCUUCAAAUCUUAACUUCCCUGUACUUAGGCACCUAAUUCUUAUCUCCUGUGAUAAGCUCAAGGAUGUGCCACUUGGGUUGGCUGAUAUACCUAAUCUUCAAGAGAUGAGGCUGGAGAACACAAGCAAAGCGGUCAAAUCUGCAAAAGAUAUACUGGAAAACAAGAUAACUAAAAGCAUCAAAUUCAACCUCACCGUAUUCCCUCCUGAACCUGAGUCCAAGGCAGCACAGUGAAGUUGAAAGAGAUUGCACAAGACUGAAUCUAUCUAUCUCUACAUAAUACAUUCGUACAAAUUACAACGAGACUGAUCCAUAAAUUCCAUUAUUUAAGUUAACUUUUUGGCUCAAAUUCAGCAUUGCACAACAUAGGAUCCAGGUGUCCUUUCUAUCACCAUCUUAAUCAUGAUCAUUCAGUUAUUUUUUGUGUUUGUUAAUCAUAUGUUCGAUAAUGAUCACUAUUAUAUUUUCUUUUCUUUUUGUUAGUUUUUUUUAA